AUGUCAGGUUAUGUGAAGUUUAUGAAGGAAAUUUUGUCAAAGAAAAGGAAAUUGGAUGACUAUGAGACAAUGGUACUUACUGAGGAGUGCAGUGCGAUACUCCAAAAGAAGCUACCUCUCAAGCUUAAAGAUCUUGGUAGUUUCACCAUUCCUUGUACUAUAGGGAAUGUGGUUUUUGAGAAAGUACUCUGUGAUUUAGGGGUAUGUGAGAUUCAAAUGCCUCUGUUUAUCUAUCGAAAACUGAAAUUAGGGGAAGAGAGACCAACAACUGUGACACUUCAAAUGGCAGAUCGCUUAGUAAAACAUCCUCGCGGAUUGAUUGAGGAUAUUCUAGUAAAGGUGGACAAAUUCAUCAUCCCUGCAGAUUUUAUUAUUUUGGAUACAGAGGAAGUGCGAACAUCCCAAUAA